AUGCCAUGCUCGUCGUGCCUUCUCGUCACCUCCAAGGCCGGAUGCAGCAGCCCAGGCCGCCGCGACAACGGCGCCGGCAACGUUCAAAACCCGACAGGACCACGAACAACAGUCUCCGGGCGAGGGCAAGCUUUCCGUCCAGAGCCCCAAGCCCCUACAUCAAACGCCCCGACGCUGGACCACAACCUCGGCGCAGAGGACAGAUGCGAGGAACCCGAUCUCCCGAAAGAGACAGCCAAAACGAUACAGGCGCGCUACGAUGGGCUGAAGAAACCCCGAUGUUCUGUCGCGCAUUGGGGCAUCUGGCGCCAGACGAACCCUACGCCGCAUAAGCGCUUUGUCCCUGAUCUCCGUACCCACAAGGUCACACUAGAUGACAAGUCCUUUCGACUCGACCGCUUAUUCUCCCACGACGCCACACCGGGCGACAUCUUCGCUGAGCUGGAGCCAUGGGUUCUCCACCUCUCUUCGAAGCUGGCAGAGCGCAAGUACCACUGCCUUGUUCUUCUUGCCUUCGGAUUCUCUGGUCUCGGCAAGACGCGGGUGAUGACGGGCGACGCUGCAGGUGGCCCAUUUACCUUGGACACGUCUGUGAUCGGCUGCACAUCCGAACUGCUCUUCAAGAACAAGCCACCAGAGUUUGCUGUUGUUGGACGAUUGAUAGAGAUAUGUCCAGGCGAGAAGAAUAAGAUUGAAGUAUAUACUUUCGAGAAAGGUCGAGCAACGGUCAGUACAUACACUCUUAUCGUAACCCUUGCUGGCCUCUUCGCAGCCAACACUGCACUUGCAGCAUCAGUCCAUCAUCUCUAG